AUGUCCAACCCGCCUGCUCAGCCCGAAAAUGCCGCACCUGUUGCACCGGUGAGCCCAGCGCACCCUGCCAAGCUCCUGUCUGCUCCAGAAGCUUCGCCAUCCCCCCCUGCUGCACCGUCCGGCCGGGCAGACCUGCCCGGCCCGCCUGUACAUGAGACCGCUCCCGCCUCUUCUGAUUCUCAGGCCUCCCAAGCCCGACCUCGAGGCGCGAACCAUGCAGAGCAGAAUAAAUGGUCUCGGGGACCUGUUCCUCUGCAGAGACCCGAGGGCCCUUCCUUGCUAACCCAGGCUCUUGCUACAGCCCGUGCAACGUCUUCCCCCUCUCAAGCAAAACCCUCGCAACCCACACAGGAUCCUUCGCGGGAUCUCUCUGACUCCAAUCGUGCCCACCCGACAACACAACAAAGGCCGGCCACUGUCCAAACAUCUCAACAUGUCGCCGAUGCCUAUGACGCCUCCCCAUAUCAAAGUGAUGGCGAUUCCCUAACGCCACGCGGUUCUCCUCGGACUGCCUCAAUGGCUACUUCCACCGCUCCUGUCACGCGCCGUUAUUCAUCCGCCGAUAGCGGUCGAACCCCUCCUCAUCCUCCUCUCAAAAUGUUGGAUUUCCGACAAGUUGGCACAAUGUUGAGGAAUCAUGGCGACUUCCUCAGCAGGGCCAAUGGGCGAGACACGACUACGAAUGCUGGCGACAAGUUCAAUAAGGAACAGGAUUUGCGCUGGCCCCGACCGUUUGCCAUCGUUUCCGAGGGAAUGAGCGGCGUUAUUUCGGGCCCCUUCCCGGAGCAGGCUAAUAGCCAACGCGGCGCGGCUUUCGAUGAGAAUACUACAGCUGAUCAGUCGUCACAUGGCCGAGCACGGAAGCUGGAUCACCGAGUAUCCCUGGGGCCGGAGAAGGCAUGGUCGAUCGGAACCGGCGAAUCAAACAGUAGACAGGACGGACAGGUCGAGAAGUCGAUCACUGAAGUACUGGCCGGCGUCGAGCCCAAUACUCGCAGCCGAAAAGCAAGCCACAGCUUGCGGUUCUUCAAAGAAGGCCUCCCGGAAGAGAAAGGAAAGCGAAAGGAGCCGCGGACCAGAGCCCAUUCGCGCGAGAGGCCAUCUCCAACUGCCGAGAAACCCAACUCCACCGAGAUAAGACGGCCACCCGUGGCUGAGGAGGUUGUUUCGGGAGAUGUGCAGGCUGCAAGGCGGCCUAUCGAAGUACCACCGUCGGGAACGAGUCGCGCGACCCGCACCCACCCUGGGGCUGCUCGGUCACCUGGUCCGCCUCCAAUUAGCGAGUCUCCCGAGGAUUAUUUCCUGUUACAAGCCAAGGAUGAGCAGAGGGACGAGUCGAAGGAGGUCCCGUCCGAGGUCGCUCUGCCUAGUUCGGAACCCCUAAGUCCUGGGUCGAAGAGAUCUACGAUCACGGCCGAGGAUGUGCUGGCCCGCGAACCAGAUAGCAGACGGAACUUGGGUGACAGCACCGAAGCUGGAGAAUGUGUCGAAGACGGAGAGGAUUCCGGGGAAGAAAAAAUCUCAUCGGCAGUCUUCUUGCCACACCAAAGACUCGAAGAGGCCCCCGAAGUUCCCGUUUCCGGACCGCCAAGAUUGGCGCCCGGAUCACGAACCAAGUCUCGUGCAGAGGAUUUCCACCCGUGGCUUGUCAAAGCAGAUGAUCCCGAGGUCGAUGAUCAGAGAGCGGAGGGCGAUGACUAUGAUGCUAGCGCCAAGCCGAAAUUUGACGAACCUACUCUCCCUUCAAAGGAGCCGAGCAGCCGUGCAGUUGACGAGGUACCUGCUCUCGUGGAGGAGCCCGAGCCGGUAUUGCAGCUCUACGAAGAUCAUCAUGUCCAUGAACACCAGCUUACCCCAAAGCAGCCGCUGGAAGCCAUCGAACUUAUCCCCUAUAAACACCAAGUUGGCGGCCAUACAACCAUAUGGCGGUUUUCCAAGCGAGCCGUCUGCAAACAGCUAAACAACCGGGAGAACGAAUUCUACGAGACGGUGGAGAAAUACCACCGGGAUCUUCUCGCCUUCCUGCCCAGGUAUAUCGGCGUGCUGAAUGUAACGUUUCAAAAACGAAACCGGCGCAAGUCCACGGCAAGGCGAGAUGAGCAAGCUACUCAAGAACGCAAGCAACUCGAAGAGGGUGGUGCAGGUGCCGACCUGAAGAGUAGUGGUGGCCAAGCUGAACCCAUGGACAUUGGGGUGGAGAUGCCAAAGAUGCAGAACGGGCACACUAGAGUAAUCAGCCAGUCUCUUCAAUCAACCCAACUUCCGGUGCCGACCGUCACCUUUGUUGACAACCAACACAUUCUGCCGCGGAAUCUGCUGCAGCCAUCUCAGCCCGGACUCAGCAUCGUUAAGCGAUUCAGGAGCACCUCUGCGUCUGUUCAGGAGAUGCAGUCAAACAGAAAGGGGGAUCACAUCUCGGGCAACGGGAGAAUCUCAGCAGUGCGGCCAUCCCUAGAAGAACGUCACGCCAACAGCUGGGGCGCAACAACGGUCAACAAGAGGCUGCGGAACGAGGUUUUCAACGAUGCUUUCCUGAAAAAUCCGAUUACCAUUCAGAGGCACCGCAGAGCCCACCACCGAUCUCUUCCCCGCCGGGCUAUACCACAUGCAACGCGGCCAGCUGCCACGAAACCAGUUCCAAUCAAUGCUCGAGAUUCGAGCGCUCACGCGACAGAUGACCAUUACCAACGACAAGGAAAUCCCCAGAACACCCAAAACUCACAGAAUUGCCAGAACGGUACCGGUCCGUCCCACACCCCAAAGGAUGCCGGCCAACAAGUGCCCCCUUGCGAACAGCACGAGGAGGAAGGAGAAGAAGAAGAAGCCGUGAAGGACGUUACAGGCACGAGCGCCCCCGAGCCAGAACUUCCCGUGGCUAGCCCGCCGUCACAGAGGCGGAAACGCCGUCACUCUGGGAGCGCCCUUCGAAGAAAGCCAAAAGACUUCAGGGAAUCCCGCGGGGAUCUGGUGUACUUUGAGGAGGCCGAUGAGGCAGGGUAUAAGGGAGACAACGAGCAGGGCACCGGGGCAGCAUCCCAAAGUGGAUCGGCUCCUGACAAGCGCCCGUCGGACGAAAACAGCCUAGUCCAUCACAGCGAAGCGGCAGGUCAACCGGAUAUCCCGUCAGCCAUGGCCUCCUCAGCCACCAGUCCCACUGCAGAGUUCAAGAUACCACGCCCGAUCAACCCCAAAGAAGCACAGACGCAGCGCGACUCCUGGGUUGAGUACUUCCUUCUGCUCGAAGAUCUCACGGCCGGGAUGAAGCGGCCAUGCAUCAUGGACCUCAAGAUGGGCACGAGGCAAUAUGGCGUAGACGCAAAUCCCAACAAGCAGAAGUCGCAGCAGGGGAAGUGUGCCAAGACCACCUCGCGCAAGCUCGGUGUCCGCGUGUGCGGCCUGCAGGUGUGGGACGUGAAGACGCAGAGCUAUAUCUUCCAGGACAAGUAUUUCGGCCGGGACCUAAAGGCCGGGCAGGAAUUCCAAGACGCGCUCACGCGGUUCCUCUACGACGGCGUCGAGCUAUCAAGCAUCCUGCGCCACAUCCCCACGGUGCUCCAGAAGAUCGACGAGCUGGAGGUGAUCAUCCGGCGGCUCCGCGGCUACCGGUUCUACGCGGCGAGCCUGCUCAUGUUCUACGACGGCGACGUGUCGGGCGACGGCAACGACACGGCGGCCGACGACUACUCGACCACCGACUUCGCCACCGACACCGAGGAGCCGCACCAGGCGGCGCAGCGCCGGGCGAACAAGGGGCAGAUCGACUUCAAAAUGGCCGACUUUGCCAACAGCGUGACGGCGGGGGAGCUGUCGAGGGACAAGCCGUGCCCGCCGCAGCACCCGGAUGAGCCCGACCGCGGCUUCCUCAUGGGGCUGCGGAGCCUGAGGAAGUACUUCCUCCGGAUCCAGCGGGACACGAGGGCCGAGCUCGGCCUCGGCAGCCGGGUGCGCAACGGGCUGCCCGACGACAUCGACCUGGACGUGUCGGAGGACGAGGGGGGCGUCAGCGAGUGA